AUGUCGAUGGGAAAAACCCUUGGCGACCACCGCUACAGGAUCGGCAGUCCGAUCGCCAAGGGCGGGUUCAGCACGGUGUACCGCUGCGUCGACCUGAACACCGGCAGGGCUUACGCCGUGAAGGUGGUGAACCGGGCGGUGGCGGAGGCGAACAACAUGCAUGAGGCCGUGGUGCGUGAGAUCAAUGCGAUGGAGUUGUUGGUGUCCUCUCGGUAUUUGGUGAACCUCGUGGACAAGCUGGUGUCGGCGCGCAACUACUACCUCAUCAUGGACCUCGUGGAGGGGGGGACGCUGAUUGAUUGCAUCCGCAGCGCCCGCGGCGGCCUGUCACCGCAGUGGUGUUGCCGUAUCUUUAGGCAGCUGCUCAACGGGCUUAGCCUGCUCCACCGCUGCAACAUAGUCCACCGUGACAUCAAGCCGGAGAAUUUGCUGCUGAACGCGGAGCACACACAGCUGAUGGUGUCCGAUUUUGGUUUCGCGUGCUACGCGCCUCCCGGGCGCCUGCUUCGUCGCGCCUGCGGGACGCCGAACUACUGCGCCCCGGAGUUGCUGCAACAGGACCCCCACUACGACGGCCGCAAGGUCGACGUGUGGGCGGCGGGUGUCACGCUGUACGUCAUGCUCUUUAACAAGUACCCCUUCCAGGCCAGCGAGAACCGCCCCGAGGCGCUGGCGCAGGCAGUCAGGGCGGGAACCUACACUUUUCCGCGCCCGGUCCCCCCUAGCCUGGAGCACCUUUUCUCCGUCAUGCUCCAGCCGCUGCCCGCCCGACGAUGGUCGGCGAGUAGGCUGCUGCGACACGCGUGGGUGCUGGGGGUCGCGCCUAUCGUGGCGAGGCUGCCCUCCCAGGCCAAGCAUGCGGCAAAGGAUGGGGAUCUCGGCAGCGGUGGCCGCGGGAUUCACUUGGAGGCGUUUCUUCUGCGGUCCCCACUUGCGCAGGCGUUGGAAGAUGACGACCUGUGUGUGUCGCCGCGCCGGUCACGCUCCUGCCCGCUGCUGUUCCAGGGCCCCGGCGGGGAGGCGCUUUUUAGCCACACGAGCCUCGGGGGCGACUUGGACGCCGGCUCACUCCUACCUGCCCACGGCAGCGCGAGUAGCAACGGUCGAGAGGCGGACACCUGCCUUCGCAACAGGGGCAGGGAAAAGUGCCUGGGCGUCGUGGAAGUAGUAGGCAGAGCCGCGGGACACACCCCUUUGGACCCCAACCCCGCUUCCGGUGGCAGUGGCAGCGCGAGCAGCUUCUACAGCAAAAGCCUGCACGGCACCUCUUUUCUGCUAAGCAGCAGCACCGCGACGACGGCGUCGCUAUCCACCUCUUCCAAGACAUUUUAUGCGGAGUCACCGCCUUCUUACAGGCGCGACCUCAAAUUCACCUUGAAGGCCAUCAUCAAUUUUUUCCUAUUCUGCACGGCCCUUUUUAUUGUCGGUGGGAUGCGACUAUUGCUGGACGUGGACUUCAACGAUCUCCCGCUUCCUUUGUUUCUCCGCGAGGCGGUGGAGCGGCUACUGACACCACCCGAGGAUAGGAAUUUGCAGUACGUGGAGCCGCAGCGCCGCCGCCGUCGAACGCGUGGUGAGCAGCUGCGAGCACUAGCCGCCUCAGCGGGAAGGGCGAUUGGCGAGUUACUUCCACGACGCCGGGCGGCGCCGACAUGA